CGCCACGCCAGGGACUCCCCCAUUCAGCGUUGUCCUCCCGGACCCCGCCUCCUGCGCGGUCCGCCCCGUCUCCGGGCUGCCCUUAGCGCCGCCUGAUUGCACUUGAGCCCUUGCCUGUGCCAGGCUCUGAGCUGUGUGGGUGUGGAGGCAGCGGGUCCCUGUCGCCAGUGCUAUGUCUGGAUGCCACGCUCCAGAUGGAGACUGUAUCUCGCGGCGAUGCGAAGCGCAGGACAAGAAACAUCCAAGAUACCUGAUUCCAGAGCUUUGCAAACAGUUUUACCAUUUGGGCUGGGUCACUGGGACUGGAGGAGGGAUUAGCUUGAAGCAUGGCAAUGAAAUCUACAUUGCUCCUUCAGGCGUGCAAAAGGAACAAAUUCAGCCGGAAGACAUGUUCGUUUGUGAUAUAAGUGAACGGGAUAUAAGUGGACCUCCAGAAUCUAAGAAGCUAAAAAAAAGCCAGUGUACUCCUCUUUUUAUGAAUGCAUACACGAUGAGAGGAGCGGGCGCAGUGAUUCAUACCCACUCUAAAGCUGCUGUCAUGGCUACCCUUCUCUUUCCAGGACGAGAGUUUAAAAUUACGCAUCAAGAGAUGAUAAAAGGAAUAAGGAAAUGCACCUCAGGAGGGUAUUAUAGAUACAAUGAUAUGUUAGUGGUACCCAUUAUUGAGAACACUCCUGAGGAGAAAGACCUCAAAGAACGCAUGGCUCGUGCGAUGAAUGAGUACCCUGAUUCCUGUGCAGUGCUCGUCAGGCGCCAUGGAGUAUAUGUGUGGGGAGAAACCUGGGAGAAGGCUAAAACCAUGUGUGAGUGUUAUGACUAUUUGUUUGAUAUUGCUGUAUCAAUGAAGAAAGUUGGACUUGAUCCUGCCCAGCUCCCAGUUGGAGAAAAUGGAAUUGUAUAAGCCAAAUGGAAGUUUAGUUACGUACAGUAGAAGCCUAAAUUUGACACUUAAUUAUUUUUUUAAAUAAAUUGAAUGAUUUGUAUGAUGCCAUUAAUUUGUCACCAUAUACUACAGUUGUUCACACCUAAUGUCUUCUGACAUUGUACAUUUGUUUAUAUACUUGUAAUUUUAAGUGGCAGAGAGAUGGAAUGAAAAAAAUUUUUACCCAGUGUUUUCUUAUGUUUAUUUUAAAUUUUGUAACAGCAAAAUAUUUGUCCUUUAAUCUUUAAAGCUGCUAGUGAUAAUGGAACUCAUUGGAAACUUUCCACUUAAUUAUGGAAUGGGCAUUUUCUUAUUUUAAUCAUAGCACAUAAUUUUUGAUGUCAAAACAAUUUUAUAGAUUUUUCCCUGUUGAGUUUUAGUGUUUCCCUCUUCAGGCUUAUUAGCACCAAUAAUCCAAAAAUCCAAAAUCCAAAACUUUAGCACAAUCAGGAGGCAUAGGUAGAAAAUUCCACACCUGACCUCAUGUGACAAGGCAUUGUCAAAAUGCCAGUACACUAUAAGUACUGCAUAAAAUUAUCUUCAGCCUAAGUUACAUAUGAAAUAUAAAUGAAUUCUAUGUUUAAACUUGGUCCUCUCCCCAAGAUAUUUGGGGAUAGAUAUUCCAGAAUUCAAAAAAUGUAUAUGCAGAUAUCCCAAAAUGCAAAAAAGUCUAAAACACUUCUGGUUCUAUACAUUUCAGAUAAGGGAUACUCAAUCUAUAAAACAAUAUUGUUCCCUCAUAUGAUGAGAUAAUUGCAAAAUUCAAGUCAGAUAAUAUUAUCUCUGACUCACCAAACAAACCCUGACUGAACCAGUGAUGUAAUUAAUUAGAAAGUUUUUGUAAUGUAACCAAAAGUAAAAUCAACUUGAUCAUAAAGAUUUUAGUAUUUGACUUAACGCUUUUUUAAAACUGAGGGAGAAAAUUAUGUAUCAUCUCCAAAAUACUAAUUUUCUAUUCCUACCCCUCAUUAUCUUCUGACUCAUUAGCUUCAUUAUCUCAGAUUUUUUCCUUUCAAUAGUUCUCUAACCUCAUCCAGACGUUUAGUCUCUUGCUCAUAACAUUGUGUUACCCAUUACUCCUUUUGUGUCUUGCUUCCUUAGGAACCACCGAUUUUGUGGUCUAGUACUCACACCACUUCAUUACAAGCAUCCUUUUCUCAUUGUAUCUUGCUUUCUCACUUUUACUUACCUGGUAAAGACUUCAGUUUUUGUUAGUUUACCUGUGCUCAAGCAGCAAAGCCUGGUGGAAAAUCAGGCAACCAUGUUGGCUGAUCCCAGAUGGCCACUGGAUACUGCCAAAUGGACUCCACAAUACCCAGGUAAACUCAUUUUCCAACCUCUUGACUUUCUCCUCACCAUUCCUUUUCCUUCAUCAAAUCUGCAACAUUCCCCGCCAGCUUUUAGGAGGUAAUCUUACCUCAUACUUGAGAAGAUAGACUCAUGGCAAAGAUAACUAAUUCGGUCCCACUUCACAGCUCACUAACCUUCCUGCUUAUAGCCUCCCUUUGCCACUUUCCAUGAAAUUUGUUAAGGCCAGAUUUUCAAGUAUGCCUAAGACCUAUUGUCCUCUGACAUUUCCAAAGGUUUUGCUUCCGCAAGGAUCCCCACAUUUGUCCCAUUUCUCUUAUAUUGUUAGGGAUUUUACCCUCUUAACUGGAUCUUUUCCAGUGAUAUAAAAAUAUGCUAUAGUAUCUUUCAACUUAAGAUACAAACCUUGUCUCUGACCUUCACCUAACUCUAGCACAUUUAAGAGCUCUUAUUUUUUAAAAAAUUGCCUGCUCUUUUGCCAAUUUUCUAUUCUCCCACUUGCUUCUUGACCCACUUCAUGGAAAAAGCUCUCACCAAGAGAAACCAAAUUCCCUUUAUCCUUAACUUCUUUGGAUGCACUUUUCACUUUUCUUGCUCUAAAAGAAUCCUGUCCCUCCCCCUAAAGACACAGUUUCCCCCGAAGCUAAGUGGUGGUUGCUCCCAUUUCUCUCCUACCUCUGAGCCUAGGGGUGAGAUGAAUGAAUUCACUUAAUGCUAAAUGCCUCUUUCCUUUCCUUGCUCCAUUGUAUCAGCAAACUCAAUCAUAGUUCCGGCAGUCUUCUGACCCCACGCCUUAUGGGUAUGUACCUUAGCUUGGCAGAAGUAAAACAAUCAUGAUAAUGUCAAGUGGGCCUUGAUGCUGCUAUAGAUUUUUACUUUAUUACUCUCAUCCAUUCAUUCUCCUAUUUUCAUGACAACUGUUUUUCUUUUCUUAAACUUCACCUCCCCGCAAUGAAAAUGCCAAGAGAGAACUUCCAGAGGCUCCCCACCUCUGCAUGUCCUAUGCAGCAAGCUGUCCCUGCUGUCCAGUGAGGUCAGACUUCGCUCCUGCUCUCAGUUUCAAAGACAUCACUGCAGCAAUUUCUUCUCCCUCCCACAUCGUCAGUUUUCUUCUGUACUAGAUCUUUCUCUUCAGCAUAUAAAAUAUGCUGGUCUCUCUCCCUUCUUUAAAAUAAAGUCUAAAGCUCACUUUCUUCCUGGAUAACUGUCCGACUUCUGUUUUUUCUUCAAAAUUUCUCAAGAGUUGCUAUAUUCUCAUCUAUUUCCUCUUCUCUCAUUCUGUUGAAUUCAUCCCAACCAGACCGCUUUUCUGAAAUAUUGUCAUGGGCUCUGAAGAUGAUCACACAAAUCCAGUAAGUUUCUAUCUUUUUUUUUUUUUUUUCCAGUUCUGGGGAUUGAACCCAGGGCCUCACAUUUGCUAAGCAAGCUACACCCUAGCCCUGUCCUCAUCUUAACCUGUCAGCAUUUGGUAUAGGGAUCAAAUCCUCAAGGCCAGCUAUUCCCACACAUUGUUGGUUCCUGUUCAGCUCUGCAAAGUCUAGGGUGUCCCAUGAAUCAGUCCUUAGACAAAUUUUCUCCAUCCUUAGUUGGUGAUCUCAUCUAGGUUCAUGGAUUUAAAUAUUAGAUGGCCUGUGACCACUCGUAAAUUUAUUCCUUCAACCACAUAUUUUUCCUGAUCUCUAAACUCCUAUCUGGCUUUGUGAUAUAUGUAGAGCCUGUGUACUCACUGUGUUUGCUCUUUUCACCUGGUCCAAGGCCCACUAAAUUAUUGUAGUUGUCUCCUAACCAAAUUCCCUGCUUCGGCCCUAUUCUCCACUGCUGAUCUUCGCAGUCUAUUCACAUCAGCCUGCAUGAUCCUAUUAGCACGAUGCCAGCUGGUGUCUCCCUUCUCAAAGGUCCCCUUCUGGCUUCAGAGCAGAAACUCCUACUUCUUAUUGCUUCAUUCAGAUAUUCGCCAGACUCACUCUGCUCCAGGGAAUGGAAGCGUUGCGGGGAGGGGGUGUCUUUAAGCUUUCCGGGUACUUUUGCACAUUUUCUUCUCUCUUUCAGUGCUCUUCCUACAAACACCUACAUGGCUCACUCCCUCUUCUCAUUCAUGUCUUCGAAUAUCACCUGACUACCAUAUUUGCAGUCACAGGCCCUUGCCUGCACAGAAAUCUCCUUCCUUGCUUUCCUCCUCUGUAAAAUGCUUAUAACCAACUGCUAACAUCCUAUCAUUUCAUUGUCUUUUUCCUUCUACUAGAUCGCCAGUCCUAUGAUGGCAGAACUUUACAUGUUUGUUCACUGAUGUAUCCCUGGUGUGCAGCAUUUGACACAUACUUCAUACUCAAAUAUUUGUUGACUGAAGAUCACCUUUUUGCUAAAACUAGUGGUCACUUCUUUGUAUUUUACUUGGUUUAACAACAUUACUAGUGGUUUUUCCUCCCUGAAAUGUUUCUCUCCAGGCUUCCAUGACUCCAGAUUCCUGAAAUUUUUUUGUACCUCAUCAGUCACUGCUGUGGGUCUUUUCUUGACUGUUUCUCUUCUCAGACUUCUGAACAUGGAGGGCUUCAGGGCUCUGUCUUAACUAUGUCAACUUUCUAUUUUUUUUUUCUUUUUAGGAAAUCUCAUUAAUGUCAUUUGUUGAUGAUUCAUGGUGUGUUUGUUUUUUUCUCUCUACUUCAGACCCCUUUACAUUCCAGACAGUUAUCUGUAGCUCCUACUCCGCAUCAUUCCCUGGAUAUACAAUACUAGGAUCUUAAAGCUAUUAUGGCCAAAACAAUACAAUUGAUUUUUUCUUCUCUGUGAGCCAUUACCUUGCCCACCUUCAAACAUUUUCUGAAAGCUUAUGCCAAAAAUCUCUUUGAGACAGACUGACACAUUGUAAGUACUCAAUAUUUGUUUUCUAGAUUCUUGGUGGAAGUUCCUCCACUGGCAAAAAAAAUAGUUUGGGUACUUCUGUUUAGCUUCGUAUGUAUGUAUGUAUGUAUGCAUGUAUGUAUGUAUGUAUGUAUGUAUAUACUGGAGAUUGAAUCCAGAGCCUUUGAAUUAAGCUAUAUUCCCAAUCUUUAUAAAUUUUUUUGUCUUGAUCUCACUAAGUCACCAAGUUUCUCAGGCUGCGAUUUGAAUUUACAAUCUUCCUGCCUCAGUCUCCCAGAGUACUGGGAUUACAAAUGUGUGCCACCACACCAAGCAUUUUCCUUAUUUUUAAAAUGGAGCUAAGAACAAGAUAAAAUAAGUGAAAAAACUAUAUAAAAUAAGUGAAAGGAAUAGCCAUAGUGUUUGCUUUGUGGGUAAGUGUUCAAUAAAUAGGUUGCCUUUGUUUCUCUAAGUCCCGUUUAAUCUUUAUAAUAAUUUUUUACAUUAGUUUCUGAGGAAUUUUGCUUAACUUAGGAGACAUAAUAGUCUUUUGGAAUAUUAUCCCAAUUUUUUUUAAAAGAUGAGGAAAUUGAAGCCCAGAAAGGAAUGAUAAGUAGAAUUUCAAUAAGAGAAAAUAGGGAAAUUUCUUAACAUACUAUCUGCCGUGUGUUAGGUAUGCACUGCAAAUACAAAGUUCUUUCCCUAAGAAGCACACACAUAGCUACCUCAGGGUUAUCACCAUUCGAGUAGUAAAUCAUGUGAACUAUGCUACAGCAGCGGCACAUUUCCAAUUGCAUGUUUCUUUAUCACUGGAAAUGCAGAAAAGAUUUACAAAGCUGGUUUAGAGCUGAGAAAGCAACCAGUUGGUCGAAGUCUAUAUGUACGAGUUUAUAUUCUUUCUUAAAGAAUGUGAUCCCUGCUGGGUGAUCACAAGGAGCUUAGGUUCAAAGGUGAAUCUAAAUACAGCCUGGGAGGACUAAUUCCCGAUAUCUGGCACAUAAGUGUUCAGUGACUAUGGCAAGGGUCAACAGGUAUUCUUCACAUGCCCUUGUGAUUCUUGUUCUUGCUAUAAUUACUUUAAAUAAGAGGGAAAAGGUUGGUUGUGAAUGAAGGAUUAAAUUGGUAAGAGAUUUAGAUCAAGUCGAUUUUUUGUGUCAUGAAUUGCAGGACAUGCCAUUUACUUUCAGAUUGAAUAAGGGAUUAACAUUUUAGUCAAGAGAUUGUCAUUUGUUUCUCAAAUGAUUUUAGAGCCUGUGGUCUCACCCAGUUCUUUUGUGAGAAGUACUUCAAAAUAAUGUCAGAGAAAGCCCUAAACAAUCAGAAGGGUAAAGUCAUAGUCUUAAGGAGUGUUUCAUCUUACAUUUCAAUUUGUUCAAAUACUUCUCUUUUGAAAUAGAAAACUUUGUCAGGUCUCCUCAACAGCUGUACUCGCAGUAGUCAAACUUAGGAUUAAUAACAUGGGCAUCAUUUUUCAAGAGGCAAUUAGAAUUCUCCCAGCCAGUUUCUUUAAAACACAAUUACAAAAGAAAAGAGGUUGUGGAUUCCAUUUCACUGAUCUGUAAUCUAUAAGCAGCAUAUCAUCAAGUUUGGGAUGCUAAUCUAUGAAAAUCAGUAUUCUUUCAUGAUUGUAAGUUUCAAAUAGUGUUCAUUUCUCUCUCUGUCACAGUCUAAUUGUAUAAUUUUGACUAUCUGAAUUUUACUUUCUGAAGAUUAAAUAAACCUGAAUUUAAAGAAAAA